ACCAACACCAAUAAGGAUCAACCCCCUGAGUGAACGGACGCUGCUGUCCCGGCCGAGGCGCUGGGUGCUCACCUGCAUCCGGGCCAAGCUGGGGGUGGUCAGCGCUACCCUGGCGCCUGUCGGAGGACGCUCGAGGGCUGGGCAGUGGUGUUAUGACUCACAGGACCCACAAUGCGGGCCAAGCCACUGGAAGGAGCUGAAAGCCACAUGCGGUGGUGACAAGCAGUCCCCCGUGAACAUUGACAGGCGUCGGCUGCAGCGGGAUGGUGGCCUCGGGGAUAUCCUCUUCGAGGGCUACGACCAGGCUCCCCCCGGCAAGUGGAGGCUGACAAACAAUGGGCACACAGUGAUGCUGAGCCUGGCAAGUGAGUUGGCCUCUGAGCACAUCACCAUCAGCGGUGGGGGACUCCCUGGCAGGUACCGUGCACUCCAGCUCCACUUCCACUGGGGCAGCCCAGCAGGGAAUGGUUCUGAGCACACCCUUGAUGGGCGCCAGUUCCCCAUGGAGCUGCAUAUUGUCCACAUGAAUGUCAAGUACCGGACGCUGGCAGAGGCCAAGGGGCAUCCCAAUGGGCUGGCUGUCCUCGGCUUUUUCUUUCAGGUCUCUGAAACCCCUAACACUAACUACAACACCAUUGUGGCGGGUCUGAGGAAUGUCUCCCACUCUGGGGACUUUGUGGAUUUGGCCUCCACCUUUCGCCUGAGCACUCUGCUGCCACGUACUAGAUGGCUCUCUGGGUACUACCGCUACCAGGGCUCCCUCACCACCCCUGACUGCAGUGAGGUCGUUGUCUGGACUGUCUUUGAGGAGAUGGUGGAGAUUGGUCGGGAGCAGCCGACAAAUGGAUCCAAGCUCCUAAAAAUGAUCAACAACUUUCGCCCGCCGCAGCCCCUCCGCAACCGCAAAGUCUUUGCCUCCCGGGGGGCCACAGCCAGCGGUAGGUCCCUGCAUGGAGGCCACCACCAGCUCCUCUCGCUCCUGCUCCUCCUGGCUCUGCUUGGCUCUUUCUCACCAGCCCUGUAG